AUAGAUAUAUAUAGAAACAAAAAUAGUCCAAGCGGCUGAAGAGAUGAGGCAUGAAUGGUUCAGGUUAUACCAUGAUAAAAAUAAAAUAAUCUGGUUCAUGUAAUCCACAAGAAAAAUACAAAUUGUGUUUCGGUUGCACUAAGAAGCAGAGAACUAUUCUUAUAAACGAGGAAAAAAAGUGAGAGGUAUUAUCAGUCGGUGCUCACAAAAUCCAACAAACAAACACCAUAUCAAUGGCUGCUGAGAAAUUCGGGAUCACAAUUGAGAAGAAUCCACCCGAGUCUACACUCACCCAACUCGGUGUUCGUAAUUGGCCCAAGUGGGAUCUUAUUCCUCCAAGCAAGUUCCCAUGGACUUUCAGUACAAAGGAGUCAUGUUAUUUUCUUGAAGGGAAAGUGAAAGUGUAUCCUGAUGGAUCCGAUGAGGCCGUAGAGAUUGAAGCUGGUGACUUGGUUGUUUUCCCUAAAGGAUUGAGUUGCACUUGGGAUGUCUCUGUUUCUGUUGAUAAACACUACUUCCGUUCUGAGUGAUAAAGGGCUUCACCAUCUUUGUAUGUUAAUGAUCAUCAAUAUAUACUUUAGUUUUGAAUGUCAUGUGACCACUGUGAAAUAAAAAGGAUGAAGAUAGAUAUUACAUUUUACCAGUAAUAUUU